CCGCAAUCUAAACAUACAUAGGUAAGACCUUAAUGCGUUUCAGUUGUGACCGUCGCAUUGUAAAUAGUUACUAAAAAAAUGAAAAGAAUCAUCGUUUUACUGUCCCUUGUUUGCGUAUCAAAUACAUGUACAUUUCAUGAAAAUGAAGAAACUGGACUUAAACCAGUUAAAAAAAAUCAACCAGAACCACACAGUAUAUUUAUUAAAAAUACCCCCAAAAAAAACAAUUUUUUUCGUGGUGGAGGAACUCAAAAUUUAACGAUGAGAGAUGAACCAGCAGUUUUAGAUCCAAAACCAGCUAAAAUACCAUCUCUUAUGAAUACAUCAAACGCUUUUGGAAUGUUAAAACCAAUAGAAAUUGACCUUGCCGAUAGAUGUUUUCCUCAGCCCAGGUGUAAUCCCAUUUUACCAUUUAGAACCAUAGAUGGCAGCUGUAAUAACUUACAAUUUCCAGUUUGGGGACAAGCAAAUACAGCGAAUACCCGAAUUAUCGAAGCAAAUUAUUUUGAUGGUAAAUCGCAGCAAAGAAAAGCGAUUUCGGGUCGCGAAUUGCCUAAUUCCAGACAUAUACGAACGAAAUUAUUCUUAGACAUGGAUAAACCUGCACCAGAACAUAAUGUAUUGGUCACACAAUUUGGACAAAUGAUUGCACAUGAUACUGAACUGGCAUUUCCUAAGCUCUCAGGAAAUGGUGGUAAACUUGAAUGUUGUAACCUUGACGGCACAACUCCGCGAUUUCUACCUAAAGGGUGUCUUCCAAUUACUAUCCCGCAAGACGAUCCUGGUUCGAAAAAACGAUGUAUGUCCAUUCCUCGAGCAGCUGAUACGUCAGACAUAGGUUGUCAAAUCCAACCGGUUCGGCAACUUAUUGGUGUUACUAGUUUUAUUGACGGUUCGGCAUUGUACGGUUCAGAUGAUGUUACAUCAAGGAGUUUACGUACAUUUAAUAAUGGCAAACUGAAAAUACAAUCUGGACCAAACGGAAAAUCAUAUUUACCAAAUGUAAAAAAAUCAACACAAUCGUGUAAUGUCCUCACAGAUAACACAGUAUGCUACACUUCAGGGGAUCCAAGAGUUAAUCAACAUCCCAACAUGGCAGUCAACACAAUUUCCUUAUUGCGAUUACAUAACAUAAUAUGCGACGAGUUCAAAAGAUUAAAUCCCGCGUGGAACGAUGAAAAAUUAUACCAAGAAGCUAGGAGAUUACUCAUCGCAAUGUAUCAGCAUAUUACGUACAAUGAAUUUGUUCCGGUAAUUUUGGGAAGGGAUUAUUCUAGAGAAAAUAGAUUGCUACCGUUAAGUCAAGGCUUUGACAAUAAUUAUAAUGAAAUCUUAAACCCAACUACAUUUACUAGUUUUACCGCUGCUGCGUAUAGAGCUCUUCACAGCUAUAUACAAGGAUCUAUGGAUUUGGUUAGUGAAUCCAGGCAAACCACGUCAACGUUACGUCUAAGUGAUGUUUUUUUAAGACCCGACAUAGUACAAAAUAAAGAUAAUUAUGAUAGUCUCAUUAGAGGAAUGCUAACUCAACAUGCGCAGGGUCAAGAUCAAUUUUUUACAACAGAAAUUACUGAAUUUCUAUUCAAAACCCCGAACAAAACGGACGGUGUUGACUUGAUCACCUUAGAUUUAGAACGUGGACGAGAUUUCGGGGAACCUUCCUAUAAUAAAUUCAGGCAACUAUGUGGAUUGAAAGCUGCUAAAACAUUUAGCGAUUUAACUGAUCAAAUAAGUAAAAAAAACGUUGACGCCUUAGCUAGCAUAUAUGAACAUGUGGACGAUAUUGACUAUUAUGCAGCUGCAACUUUAGAAAAACAAAAACCGGGUUCCAUAUUUGGGCAUACAUUCCAAUGCAUUAUUGGUGAAAUGUUUUUCAGAUGGAAAUUUGGUGAUCGAUUUUAUUAUGAAUUUGGAAACCAACCAAGUUCUUUUAGAUUAGACCAACUUAAUGAAAUACGAAAAACGACAUUAGCUUUCAUGAUGUGUGUGACGUCAGAUAUUCGAUUUAUACAACGAAAUGCAUUUGAUGUACCCAGUAGCCGAAAUCCUUUGGUAUCUUGCAAUUCAAUAACAAAACUCAAUUUGGCUCCUUGGAUAGACAAUUAAUGAAAAUAUCGUGUCAAUCUCUUUUAUUAUAUAUAUUUAUAUACUUUGUAUCAUGUAGUAUAUAAGUAUAGAAUAUUAUAAAUUUAUGAUUAGAUAUUAAACAAGUUUAUUGUUAGAAAUUAGAACGAAAUAGUUAUACAUGUACUACGUGAA